GGCGGGGCGGGGCGGAGAGCCCCCGUGGCUGCCAUGGCCGCCUCCCCCUCUCCGCCGCCUCCCUUAAAUACUAUGGGGCGGCCGUAGCUGUGUUGGAAGCCGCUGCCGAGCGCACUAUGCGGGGUGUUAUCAUCUUAUUCACGGCGUUAGGUACCACGCUGCUCGGCGGCUGUUUCCUGCGGCUGAACGGCGAGCGGCCCCUCCGAGCCAGGGGCUGGGAGAAGAAAGCAGAGGUAGCGAACGUGACUCCGAAAGUGGUGCAAGCCUUCGGGUCUCCCUUAACAUCCCUUCCUCAGACCGAGAACAGAACAUCUGCUCAUAAAGAUGGAAUUCACCAGGUUGAACUGGACCCAAAAUGUAAGGCAAUUCAGGACAACAUUUUGUCAUCGUCGAACAAGAAGAAAAGGUAUACAGAAGAUUAUUAUCUUCACGUAGUCAAAAAACUGCAGAACUGCACCUGGGUAAGGAGACCAGAAGAAUCAGCAAAAUUCAGGUCAGAAUUAGCUUCCUGCUGUAAUGCAGUUAACAAUUUUAUUGCUUCUCAAAACAACACCCCACUGGGAAGUAACAUGAGUUACGAAGUGGACAGUAGAAAGACCAUCCACAUCACAGAAGACAUUUUUAGAAUGCUUCCUGCGUCCUCUCCUCUUUCAGUUUAUCCUUUCAAGAACUGCGCAGUGGUUGGAAAUGGAGGCAUUCUGAAAAAUUCCAGCUGUGGAGCAGAAAUCGAUCGUUCUGACUUUGUGUUUAGGUGUAACCUUCCUCCAACAGUGGGAAACAUUAGCAAAGAUGUCGGCAAUAAAACAAACCUUGUGACGGUUAAUCCAAGUAUCAUAGCUCAGAAAUACAGCAGACUAAAUAAAAAGAAGACAGAGUUUGUGGGGAACAUUGCAGCCUAUGGAGAUGCUUUCCUUUUAUUGCCAGCGUUUUCCUUCAGAAGCAACACAGCUAUUUCUUUUAAAGUCUAUCACACUCUGCAAGAGUUCAAAACAACCCAAAAGGCAAUAUUUUUCCACCCUACCUAUCUCAAAAGUCUUGCCCGGUUUUGGAGGACUAAGGGUGUAAAAGCCUACCGAUUAUCAUCAGGUUUUAUGAUCAUCAGUGCUGCUGUUGAGCUGUGUGAGAAUGUGAAGAUCUACGGCUUCUGGCCUUUCUCACAAUCCACAGAGAAGAUACCAAUCACCCACCACUAUUAUGACAACCAGCUGCCCAAACCAGGUUUCCAUGCAAUGCCCAAAGAAUACAACCAGAUCCUUCAGCUUCAUGGCAAAGGCAUUUUGAAGGUGCAGUUUGGUAAAUGCGAAUCAGACUAAAAAGGGUGAUGAUCCAAAGGAGACAAUUUGCGUUUAUCUUAGCACCUCGAUGUUGGAUUUGAUCUGAUGUGAUUUUGUGAGCAUUAAACUGCAUUAUUACAAUAGAUAAAUAUUUUAAAUUAGGGGAGAAAAGGAAGGGAUUUUUCACACACUGACUGCUACAUUCCUGAUUCCUAAGUAUUCGGUUUUUUUUAAUACAAAAUGAUGUGUAAAUUCUCAAUUUUCUGACUGUGGUUUUAAUUGUAGCAAAGCACAAUCUCAGGAUGGUGGCAAUAUAUGACAUUCGUGAUGUUUUUCUUCUUGAAGUAUCAUUAAAUUAUUUUGAUGUAAGGUCUCUGGUUUAAUCAGUAUCAUGGAACACGGGCAAUAGACGCUGUAUGGGAGCUGCCCAAGUUGGUAAUGAAUGCUUUCAAUGAAGAAGCUGGUCCUGUAAACACAAGUGUUUGUCUCCAUGAGAAAGGUGAUGAGAAGAGCUACAGUGGAGUUAUCAAUGGAGAGCUAAGGCAUUCUUAGUUUGUUCCAGGGUGCACAGAUGAAAACAAAUCCCUCAGGUUAGAGAUAGUCAAGUAGUUCACAUGCUUUAAUUUUGUGGCCAGUGAAUAACGCUGUGGAUGUAAUAGGAUCACUCCUGUGAAUUAUGUUAAUUUUGUGAAGAAGUGUUUGAGGAACCAGAGCUCUAUAAUUAUUUUUAAACCCCUCUUCUUGCUUGUAUUCCUGCCUAAGGUCCAGUUCAGCUCCAAAUGAGGACAAUCAGCUCGGUUUCAUGCUGCAUUCUCCGGAGUCCUGAUAGGGCAUGACUUUGCACACAUUCCUGCAAUCCCAAAUCCAUAUCCGUGCUGACAUACGUGAUGAUCUAUUCACUAGAAAAAAUAAUCUAUACCAGCCCUAGCAGUUUUUGUUUCUUUUUCACCUAGCAUAACCCCUUUCCCUAUGUGACUACUGAUAAAGAAACUGCACUGAGCAUUGUUAGAAGGUUUCUUUUAGACCCCAAACUCUUCUCCUAUACUGGAGCAUGUGAGAAAGAAAACUACAGUCACUUAAUUAAAACCCCAUGCAGUUCUUGUGCUAAAAGUUUCCAUAUGGUUCAGUGGAGCGACAUUCUGCAAUGAGCACAAGUGAAAUAAAGAUUCACAUUAACAAUAAUGGGAGCUACAGGCACUUGUUCUUCUAGCUGUGGCUGCUGGUAUAUUAAUGCUUAUACUUUUUUACUGCAGAAAGAAGAAUUGUUGUAACCAGUUUCUGUUGCAAGAGGCUUUUUUUUUUUUUUUUUUUUGAGUCUACUGAAUGAUCAAUUCAAUGAUAGAAUGUUCUUUUUCUCCUUUUAGUCAGAUACUAUCAGGUUUUCCCUUUCUAAAACUCAUCUUACUACAGUAGCACUAAAUCCCCAAUCAACUGAUAGUUUACAGAGCAUUCAGUAUUCCACUCAUUGAGGAUUAUUUCUGCAAGAAAUAAAAGCAAACCAAACACCCAGAAAACCUACUUAAAUGUAUUGAACCUUAUAAAAUAUACUUUUAGACUGAUAUAAGAGCAUUUCUAUGUUGCUGUAAUAUUUGAAAGCUUAACUUGCAGCAGUUUUAUAAUCACAUAAAUAAUCCUAGAAACGUUUGAAUCAGUCAUUAUCAUGUCAUCAGUCUGUUAGCUGAGAAAUGUUCAGGGUUUUGAUCCAUUUCCAAGAUAAUAUCAGAAUCUCACUACUCCGACCCCAAAGUGGCCCUAAACUCAGCUACAUACAUCAGCACCAAGUUCAUUUUUUCGCAAAAUAAGGUUUUAAAGAAAUAGAUAGUCCUUUGAGGUGUUGAAUGACGCCACCGAUACACAAGUGGACCACUGAAUGUCAGUAGGGCUUUUAAGAGAAGCAAAGAUGUCAUAAUUGAGCUGAUGGACACAGCUGCCUUACCAGCUGGUGGCUGAAAGAGGUGAACACAAGGGCUUGAUUCACUGAGACUGUUCUGGUUCCAGCACCACACAUCCAUGUUUUGUCCUCACUAGCAGUGGAAUUUGUGCCAGUUUCUGGCCACAGGCAUCUGCCACUCGUACAGAGCUUGCUGCUCUAAGACCUCGCAUCCACGUUAUGAGUGUGGUGGCUGAUUGCCUGCUGCCAGUCCCUAAUUGCACAUAGAAGAUAAGUUUACUGCAAGAAGAGCUCUUCUAUGCCAUAAAUCACUCAUGUAGACUGUACCUGAGUGUAACGAAGCUGUGAAAAGUGGUAUACUUGUACUUUGAGUGAUAAAAACAACUGGGACUGAGAACCACCUCAUAUUUCAUCCAGGAGACAAAACACCUGUACUCAGGUGAAGACUGUAGCUUGUUCCUGCUUCGUGUCAUGCAAAGAGGUGAUCUCAGCCAUGUAGCAAUUCCUCCUUGUUGUUUUGUGUUCUGUACAGCCUGUGGUUCUUUAUUUCAGAAGACUUCACAGAUUUUUUUUUUCAUUCCUUCCCAAAAGUGUCGAUUUUCCUCUGUCUUGGCUGGCUCCAUCAUCUUGAGCUCAGCCCAGGGAGAUAUCAGUGCCACAUGUGCAGUAGAGCAUUAAGGAGUUUCAGAGUCAGAACUACUGUUCUGUUUGCAGACAAGGAGGGUUUGCUAAUGCAGCCAUACAGCUGUCCUCUGUGCUUCAGAAUAUUCCUUGCCACAUAAAUCAGAGUAGACUUUAUGUCCAGGCAAGAGCUCCAUUCUGAAAUGCUGAAAUUUUCAUGCUGUAAUAAGCACCUGCUGGAGCUUUACUUUAGUAAUGUGGAUGUUGUGGUUGCAACUAGGCAGCUGCAGUAGCUCCCUGACCAAUCUGAAUAGCCUUGGAUUUAAUAAAUCACAAAUGAGAGCAAACAAGGUUCUGUGACAUGGACAGACACCUCGAUUUUUUCGUACUUUCAGCAAAGUUUAAACUUACCAGUGACCUGAAUGUGUGCUCCUUUCUGCUCUCUGAGCAGACAGAGAUUUAUGUGGAGCACAGAGUGUGUUUUUAAUGUAGCUUUCUUGGGCCUUGCUCCAGACACGAAGCUAUUAUGUGAUGUUCAUCUCAUCCACUUCCCAUCAGAGGAGUGCAGAUCUUUUACUUGGUUUUAUUACAGCAGUUGCUGCUGUGUGCUUGAUGGCUACUUCUUGUUAAUUUGUGCACAGGCCAGGCAAGCUAACAGCAGCGUCUCUGUGUGACAGGGUCCAGUUAGAUUAAUCAAGACUUGCUGAAUCCCAGGCGCUGCAGUGAAAGAUGUUUUCUCUGACAGCUGAACAAAUUAUUUCUCAUUUAUUUUACAUCUGUGCCAGGUUAAUGAUGAAUAAAUAGGGUUUGUACCUGGCUGGGAAUGUUUAUGACAUUUUUGCAAGAAUGAGCCAAGAGCGGUUUUGAUUAAGGGCUCUUGACCAAAGGUUAGGAAGGGCUUUCCAGCUUCUCUCCUCCAUUUGAGGAAUAAUCAUUUCUCAGGUUUGUGGGCCUCCAGUGCUGUCACACACUGUGGACUGAAUACAGAGAUUAAAUAGUUUUCUAAAGAUAGAAGCACGGACAACGUGAUAAUAUUUCCAGUGUACCUUCACAGAGGCUGACAAUGUCCUUGCACAUGACUAGCUCGCAGCAUCCUUGGGAUACAGCCUGCUUGUCUGCUUUUACUCCUUUUUCUCCUUCAAAUCAAUAGUGUUGUGUGGAUCCUGUGCUGCCAGGAGCUGGUUACUUCGUCUCCCUCAGGGGAACGUUAUGUAGUUCUGUGUGGUGUCUGCAGUGAGUCUGUAUGUCCAGGAAUCAAAAGUUACUAUGCACACACCAUACUGAAAUGCACUUAAGAUUGCAUUGUUUUCAGUCUCAGAGAAGGCAGCAUGGUGGGAUAUUCACCUUGCCUGACCUGAGCUGCUAAAAUCUGGGCUGUAGCUUCAUGGCAAUUCAAGCAGUGAUGGCUGGCUGUGCUGCCCAGUCCACUUCUCACGCUUCAGCCUUUCCUCCAUGUGAUCUCUGGCACUGGCUUGGUUGUGCACUGUGCUGUUUUGGCACUUCAAGCUGGCAAAACUUAACCUGGCAACAAAGACAACUGGCUCAUGCCAGCAGAGCCAUGGGAAUCUCAGAGUCAAAGCAAAGGAGGGGAACACAACAGGGCCCUUUUGGUGCCAGACGGCUCUUGAGUAGGCCCAGCAGUCCCCUGAAGCCUCAGCCAAGCUGGGAGGUGCUGCUGCUGGGGAUGAUGGACUCCUGUGGGGCAGGACAGCAGCACAGAGUGGUCACCCACCAUUAGUAUGAUCAGUAAUGAAGAACUUUGGCUGGAAAUACUAUACUCUCCUGUGACAAACCUGUGGAGCGAGAGCCUGAAGAUGCACCCAGCUGUGCCUCUGGGGGCUCUCAGGUCUAUAAAGCCCAUGUCUACUUCUGUGCGCAGAUAUGUACAAUAUCAGGCCCAAGGACUAUCCUGUUAAGUGCUUUAUUCUGAAUCAGCUUUAGUUGAAGCAGCUUAUUAGUCACUUGUGUGCUGUAUUCCUUGGAAGCAGUAAACUUUUUACACAUGCACUUGCUGCUUAAAUAUAUCUUAACUGCAAAUAUUCACAGUCAGGUAAUCCUCUAUCUCACAGUGUAUCAGCAGCUGGUCUUUCUCCUCUCCAGGUCUGCUAGCCAAGAAUAGCAACAAAGUCCUGUUUUUACUCCAUAAAGGUUGUCUGUCUUGAUUUCAGAUUGUAUCAUUUUAGGGAGGGAAGUCAUUCUGAAUUUCAGAGUUUUAAAGGCUGCUGAUCUCUUGGGAUUAUCUGGAGAAAUCAUUUGAGGCUUUCAGCUACAAUGAGUGGGGAAUUUAUAUUUAUUAAGCUUUGUUCCAGAUUUCCAUCAGGCUCAUAUUAAGUGUUUCUUAAUUGGCUGUAAAUUAUAAUAAUGGCCAAGCAGAGCAUGAAAAAGAUGUGCUGCAUACCACUAAACAAAGGCACUAUUACUGUUAUUUAGUAGUCUCUUCCGUCAAGUCACAAUGCAGCUGCCCCUUGUUACUGGUUGGCCGUGCACCAGUCCAACUGGGCAGUGGUCUCUGCACAUUCUUCAUGUCAAGCAAAUACAAGCAAUAUGACAAAGGCUUAAACCAUUAGCAUUACGUCAGUCUGAAUUUGCUAUAGACCAAGGAGCCAUGCAUUAAUUAUACUUAUUACUGUGAUGUUUGACAAUUUACUGAGCUAACAUCCCUGUGUGUGUGAGUAGUAACUGCCCUUCAGUGGCCAGCGUUGGCACAUACUGACUUAAGGGUGAAAACACUCUGACAGUGCUUCUCUAUUGCAGAUACCAGAACUUCUUUUAUUCCUUGUUGAAUACAGGAAGGAAUGACAUUUUUGCACUGCCAUCAAAUAAUCAAUAAUUUAGCCUUUUGCUAAAUUCUGAGGUAGAUUUAGCAGUAUAAUAUGCCACAUAAGUUGCAGCACCUGAUGCUGUUUUGUCUUGUGGCUUCUUAUUCUUGCUGCUUUCCACUGAGGGAGACAACUCAGAAACCUGAGUGAUGGAAGUAUUUUAAUGAUUGCACCAUUAAUUCAUGGUACCGUGGCAAGAGGGCAUCAGAAUGAAUAACGCUAAUGGCUGGGACAGGGUAUUCUAGUCUAAGACAAGAUUAUGGAUUUUUAGUUCUUCAGUAUUUGCUUUAGUCCCUGACAAGGGAGGUUUUGUCACAGCAGGUCAACAUCCUGAUAGGUUUUUCAGCUCUUGGCUCAGCUGUGAGUUGUUUCCCUAACAAAACCUUUCUACUUUUUAUUGUAUAUAUUGGUAGUGCUUAGGUACAGAAUCAUCCCUAAGUUCUUGUGAAACUGAAAUGCAGUAGCAGAAUUUUCUGUGUUUUAUAUGCAUAUUUUAUACAGUAGCUUUGGAUGUAUUCUUUAUGUUAAUAUUCUUAAUGCUCUUUUCUUUCAGUAUUAAAUUAAAUUUAUUUUAAAAUAUUCACUGUAUUUUAUUCUACCAGAGUUAGAUGGAGGGAAAGUUAUAUGAUCACACACAGAAUGGCUGAGGGUGGAAGGGACCUUGGAGAUCACCUGGUCCAAGCCCCCUUCUCAAGCAGGGACAUCUUGAACACGUUACACGUUAUCACAUCCAGGCAGGUUUUGAAUAUCUCCAGAGAAGAAGACUGCACAAUCCCGCCUAGCAAUGCGUUCCAGUGCUCUGUACCCUCACAGUACAGAAUUUUUCCUCAUAUUCACUUGGAAUUUGCAGUAUUUCAGUUUGUGCCUCCAGCCUCUUGCCCUGUCUCUGGGUACCAUUGAAGUCUGGUCCCAUCCUCUUGACACCGUCCCUUAAGAUAUUUAUAAGUUUAGAUAAGAUCCCCUUCUCUUCAGACUAAACAGGCCCAGCUUUUCUUCCUGAGAGGUGCUGCAGUCUCCUACUCAUCCUUGUAGCUCUUUGCUCUCCAGUAGCUCCAUGUCUCUGUACUGCAGGCCCAGCACUGGACACAGCACUCCAUGUGUCCCUCCUCUGGGGCUGAGUAGAGAGGGAUCAACUCCCUCAACUUCUUGGCUGUACUUUUCCUAAUGCACCCCUAAAAUAACAAUAAUGCAACCCAAAGUCAUUUGUGGGGGUAUCUGACUGAUUUCUAGAAGGGUAUUUUCAUUAAUCUUUUGGACAGGCUUUCGUAGAUUUGCUUUCCUAAGGCAGAGCUAACAGAACAGCUCUGCUUCUGGUUUAGGUCAAGAAAUACAAGCAAGGAGACUGGUAAAUGGCGAGGUUCUACAUGGAACUACUGCUAAGGGAUGCCAAGUGCAUGUUUUCUUCUUUUCCAGAGCUGUGUCAAAAUGUAAUUAUUUCCAUAGUAGCUGCUUUUUUGUUGUUUGUUUGUUUGUUUUUCCUCCCAGAGGUUUCGUUGUCUCUCAAAAGGUGCACUGUUUGCAUUCUUUUCUGUUCCAAUCUCUUCAAUGCCAUUGUCCAAGCAGAGCUUACCCACCCCUGGAGCUGCUAUCAUAGAUUUCCUCAAGCACCAAACUGUGUAGAGCUGCUGGCACAGGCUCUGCUGCUGCUGUUCCCAAACAGGACCUCUACAAUUCUCUCAGUCCUGAAUUUAUUUAUGUUUUCAGAUGUGAACUUGAUAUUGUCUGUUUGCACAUGAGUAGCGUGAGUGCAGCCUAACAUAGAAGUGUCUCUACGCGGGAUUUAGGAGGAGGCAUGGGAAGCCCCUCAAACGUGUGUGUGCUUUUAUUACAGAAAACCAAGAUGAAGUUGUAUUGUUGAGACAUCUGUUAGCUGGGUUAUGUUAUGCUUUGUUUUCAUGUUUUAAGUGCCUAAUGAUUUUUUGGUUGUCACAGAGGCAAUGGUUUCACUGGUAUAAUGCAUACUUGGAAUUCUGCACUUGUUAUUUGCUCUGUAAUAGAAUAUUUUUGCAGUUUCUGUUUGGAAAUAAAGACUUAUUGGGCAUAA